CUCCUCCCGAGGCGGCGGAGGCGCCGGCGGCUGCGGAGCGCUGACUGCGGGCUGCUUCCCCGCCCUGGGCGUCAGCCGCCACCGGCAGCAGCAGCACCACCGGACGGUCUUUCACUACCAUUCCUACAGUGGUUGGCAAGAUAUCGUUUCCACCUCUCCAUGUACCAUGCCAGUGACAUCUUAGCUGCUAGAGUGUGGAGCUGGACUGUGGGAGUCAAGUAUUGGUGAUGUGACCUGUUCAUGCAGGGGAAACUUGAACAUUCUCAGGUGCACCAGAGGCUCUCUUCUUGGCCUAGUGGAGUUGUUUAUUGCAGUACUGUUGUGCCCUCUGAUGAUGUGACAGUGGUGUAUCAAAAUGGGUUACCUGUGAUAUCUGUGAGGCUACCAUCCCGGCGUGAACGCUGCCAGUUCACACUCAAACCUAUCUCAGACUCUGUUGGUGUGUUUUUACGACAACUACAAGAAGAGGAUCGGGGAAUUGACAGAGUUGCAAUCUAUUCACCAGAUGGCGUUCGAGUUGCUGCCUCAACAGGGAUAGACCUUCUCCUCCUUGACGACUUUAAACUGGUCAUUAAUGACUUAACGUAUCAUGUACGACCACCAAAGAGAGACCUCUUAAGCUAUGAAAACGCAGCAACACUGAACGAUGUAAAGACACUGGUCCAGCAGUUAUACACUACUUUGUGCAUCGAGCAGCACCAGUUAAACAAGGAAAGGGAGCUUAUCGAAAGAUUAGAAGAUCUCAAAGAACAACUGGCACCCCUGGAAAAGGUACGAAUUGAGAUUAGCAGAAAAGCUGAGAAGAGGACCACUUUGGUGCUAUGGGGUGGACUUGCCUACAUGGCCACACAGUUUGGCAUUUUGGCCCGGCUUACCUGGUGGGAAUAUUCCUGGGACAUCAUGGAGCCAGUUACCUAUUUCAUCACUUAUGGAAGUGCCAUGGCAAUGUAUGCAUAUUUUGUAAUGACACGCCAGGAAUAUGUUUACCCAGAAGCCAGAGACAGACAAUACUUACUAUUUUUCCAUAAAGGAGCCAAAAAGUCACGUUUUGACCUAGAGAAAUACAAUCAACUCAAAGAUGCAAUUGCUCAGGCAGAAAUGGACCUUAAGAGACUGAGAGACCCAUUACAAGUACAUCUGCCCCUCCGACAGAUUGGUGAGGAAGAUUGAUCUGCAGAGAGCCUCUGAAUCCCAGCAGAAAGAACACCUGUUUAUAACUAUGGCCUUUUUAAUUAAAGCAUUGCAGGUGGAAGCUGGGAGCCAUGUCGGGGUAGAGGGUUUUUACCUUUAAUUAAAAAACGAAAACAAAAAGAUCUUAGGGAAGAAAGGAACAUUAAAAACUUACCAUCAGGCUUUGUGGAAUAUAAGCUCAAAGGGCUUAGUGAAUAUUGUCUUAAUCAAGAAUCUCAGUUUCUGGAUGAAAAUGAUGCAUUAUUAUUAUAGUUGAGAGAAAAUGAUGCUAGGGGUGUUGUUUCUUGCAUCUUCUUUUCAGGGUCAGCAAAAUAGUAACACACCAGCACCCCACUCAGCUCUAAAUUUUUUUUUAAUUUAACUUUUCUUAUUUUUGACAUAGCAGUAAAUAAAUAUACCAGAAAAGCAAACCUUUUCUGGUUUGUGGGUGGCAAACAGAGUCUGAGCCCAUGUCAUUAGCAUUUAUUUUAGAUUGGACCCAGUCUCUGCAAAGUUACCAGGAAUCUCUACCGUUUGUGCCCCAUUUCAGACCACCCACACCUGUUGGUACACUAAUUUUAUCCAUAUGAUAAUUGGAACCAACUUAUGACUGUUUGAUAAUUGACACUUUGGAUUAUCCCUUAAUACCUUCUUAAAUGUCUCAAUAUUCCAGUUCUCUGGAUCACUGUCUAGAAAUAAUUGGCAACACUGCAUGAGUUUUUUUGUUUUGUUUUGUUUUUUACUAAUUAAUCUUUAAGAGGAGGACAGAUUUCCCUCCUUUAUUUAACUAUCCCAUUGAUACUCCCCUGUCUCACGGCUCAAGCCAGAGGCAGAGUGUUCAGCUGUAUUACCAAAUUAGGAUGAUGUAAGGUUUACAAACUGGCUAAAACUCAUGGCUCUGUAGCCAUUUCAGAACCAGAAUAGUUUCACUGCUGUUAAUCUGUUUGUGUGACAGCAUUCCAGGCCACCCAGAUGGCACUACCUUGUCUGGAGGCCUUGUUAAUCUCGAAGGACACACACUCCUGCACUGUUUGUGAGCCCCCCCGCCCUCCACCACUUCAGUAGUUGUAAAUCAAGUUUGUGGAUCUCAAAGGGUGCAAUUUAUCUUUGUACAGGAAUACAUUUCUUUGGCUUCUUUCAGCCGACCCUCUUCACCCUAUUUUUUCUUAUCUUAAAUUGAGAGAAAAAGGAGUUAAUCUUAUACUCUAUCAAAAUAUUUUCUACCAUAUUUGCAGAUGACAUCACACUUGAAGAGUCAAAGGAAUCUGUGUCUACUAUCCUGUUUUUAACUACUGCAGGGGCAGGAUGGAAAGGAUGAUGGGGCUUGCCACACAGCUGAUUGAUUAGCUUUUUUCUUUCACAUGAUUCAUCCCUCUUCAUUGUGGCAAGGGGUUUCUUUCUCUUUUUCUUCCUCCUUUGGGAUCAUUGUGUAUGAAGAGAAACACUUGAAAGGACAAACCCAGACUCCAGGUGCCUUGCAGAGGUUGAAGGCCAGCCAGGAUUGCUGCUGCUGUUCCUGCCACCACCCCGUCCACUGGCAUGACAGAAUGAAAGGAUGCAUGUCUCCACUUCUCCUCCCACUUCCUUCCCCACCCGCCCCCGAGUCGUU